GAACGCGUUCACACCUAUUCAGUAUUCACACGUCUCUUAUUUUUUUCUCUUUCUCUCUCCUCAAUUUCCUCUUUCACGCCUUUUCGUCUGCAAAAUCCAAUCCAUCUUGUUUCCGUUCUCAUUAUCAAUAUCCAAUCCCUAAUUGUCGUCAUUUCCAAUACCCUUUUCACACUAUAACCCAUUAACCCAUUAGGGCUACCUCAUAUAUGAAACCCAUCUCUCACCCUGUAGAUUCUACUAAUUCCAAACCAUGGCUCAAUUGAACGACACUGUUUCCAUUACCAGUAGCAGGCGGAGAAAACGGACAAAGGACGGCAACGACAUCAACCACGGAGAUCCGGAUUGCGACCCGGAGAACAACAAACACGAUGAAGAAGAAGAAGAAGGUGGGGGGCAGAAGGAGUUCAAAGAGAUAAUCACUUCUCUAAUAUUGCUUGAAGAGCAAGAAAAAUCCGAUUUUGAUGAAUUGAAGAAAUCUCGAUAUGAAGAGAAGCAAAUGUUCGAGGAGAAUCACAAAAAGAGGACUGUCGCCAUGCUCGAUUACUACGAUAAAUUACAGGGUUGCUAUGAAAAUCAGAACGAAUCGGAGAAAGUUAAACAGAGAAAGUCUCGUGCUGGAACCGCCAUCGCGGUUGUUACUGCUGCGACUGCUACGGCCGCGGCUAUCGUUGACUCCGAACAGACCGCUAGUAGCGGCGGUGCGGGAACCGCGACGGCUGGAGGAGGACAGCAGAGGAGGUUGUGGGUUAAGAGUAGGUCACAAGCUUGGUGGGAUGAAUGUAACAGUCCUGAAUUUCCAGAGGAGGAUUUCAAGAAAGCAUUUCGUAUGGGUAAGGAGACAUUUGAUUUGAUAUGUAAUGAGUUGAGUUCUGUUGUCGCGAAGGAGAAUACGACUCUUAGAGAUGCUGUCCCUGUUCGACAGCGUGUUGCUGUUUGCAUAUGGAGAUUAGCUACCGGGGAGCCUCUUCGAUUGGUAUCCAAAAGAUUCGGACUUGGAAUCUCUACCUGUCAUAAGCUUGUUCUUGAGGUAUGUAAAGCAAUUCGUGAGAUUCUAAUGCCCAGAUACCUCCAAUGGCCUGAUGAGGAAUCAAUUAACAAGAUAAAGGAGAAUUUCGAAGCGAUUUCGGGUAUAUCAAACGUUGUUGGAUCAAUGUACACAACCCACAUACCCAUAAUCGCUCCGAAGAUAAGCGUGGCUGCUUAUUUCAACAAACGACAUACUGAAAGAAACCAGAAGACUUCAUAUUCAAUUACAGUUCAGGGUGUUGUUGAUCCAAGAGGGGUGUUUUCAGAUGUCUGCAUUGGCUGGCCAGGAUCAAUGCCAGAUGAUCAGGUUUUGGAGAAAUCAGCUCUUUAUCAGAGAGCAAACGCAGGCCUUCUGAAAGACAUGUGGAUUGUUGGGAGUAGCGGUUAUCCUUUAAUGGAUUGGGUUUUAGUACCAUACACUCAGCAACACUUAACAUGGACUCAACAUGCUUUGAAUGAGAAGACCGGUGAGAUUCAAAGGAUUUCGAAAGAUGCAUUCGCUAGGUUGAAAGGAAGAUGGUCAUGUUUACAGAAGAGAACAGAGGUGAAACUUCAGGACUUGCCAAUGGUUCUAGGGGCAUGCUGUGUAUUGCAUAACAUAUGUGAAAUGAGAAACGAGACUAUGGAUCCGGAGCUGAAGAUUGAUCUGAUAGACGACGAGAUGGUACCAGAGAAUGGAAUUAGAUCGACGGCUGCAAUGAAGACACGCGAUUCCAUCGCACAUAAUCUCUUGCAUCAUAACCGUGCAGGAACCUCUUUCUAAUUGAGGUGCAUUUCUAUAUCAUCCAACUUGAUUUUUUUUUAUACAAAUUAUUAAGUAAAUGUGGUUUGAAACCAAAUGGAAUUAUUCUUACUUGUAGUCUUGUAGAUUGCAUGCAUACAAAACAAUGUAAAACCUAAACCCUAAAUGGAUUGGAAACUUAUAUUGUAUUUUGAACAACUAUUUUAGAAUGAAAAUGUUUCUUCUCA